CAAAUUCGUUCUAUAUAAAGAACAGGCCCUAACAAUUGGAUACAAUCAAGUUGCAUAGUGCAAUUCUUCGAUUUCAAUUUCACAAACCGCUUUUGGUGCUUCCCUCUUCAUCUCAUUGAUUACACAUUUAAGUUGUUACUUUAUAUUAUAAGCUAAGUAUUAGAUCAAUUAGAUAUGGUUGGAAUAGGGAUUCCAAUAUGUGUACAAUGUGGUAACACUGGCAACCCUUGCCGGUGCAAGGUGGUGGGCCCAACGGUGGGGUUCCUGGCGUUUGCGGCGGCGGCGGUAGUGGAGUGGCCGGUGGGUGCUCUGGUUUAUUGUUUCCGCCACAUGAAGGGCCGCAAAAUCAUGGCUCAUCCUGCCACCGUGGUCUACCCUUCAGUCACUAAUGCUAUUCCAAUUUAAGUUGACACUUCUUACACCUUUUCCCUCCUUCACUCACUUUUAUGUCUCAUGUAUGAUAUGAAUAAAAUCAUGAAUCUAUGUUGUUUUUCUUUUUCUCCGAUAAAAAUAUCGGAUAGGAUGUUAUCUUAACUUAAUUUCGUCUGCUAAUUUUCUUUCCUUAGUUUAUUAACCUUUUGUAUUAAUUUGUGAAAUAGAAAUUAGUGCUAUGUAUAAGUUUAAUUAA